AUGUUUGGAGAUACAGCUAAUAAACUAAUAUUGGAUGCUAAACGAUCAAGCAACUUAUCUGCUAUUCCUAUUUAUCAAUCAGAUUUAGUGAAAAGCAUUGUAAGAGAAACCAAUGAUUUGAAUAAAGAUGCUGAAUAUUUGGUUGAAGAACAAGAACAAUUACAAGAAACCCAGGAUCAAGAAAAUAGUAAAAUAAAUCAAUGUCAAUUAUUUGUCACUCAUUUAUCUAUGAGAAGAAAUAAACGAUGUUUAUUAGCAUAUGAAAAGUCAAGAGCAGAUAAGAUAACUGAAUUUUGUUGGCUAAAUAUUGAUCCUAUUGAAACUUCAACCUCAUCGUCAACAACAUCAACUAAUACAAAUUCAAAUGUCAAUCAAAGUAGUAGUAACAAUGCUGUGAAUCCAUUGACAAAAAAUCUUAGUAAUUAUACAACUAGUUUGGACAUGAAUAACUUGAAUCAUCAUGAACAAGAUUUUUUCAAACAAUAUCAAGAUUUAAUAAUGGAAUUCAAGUCAAGUUUUGAAGAUAUUGAUUUGAGUGGUGAUUUAAACCCACCAACAAACAUUUUCAUUGAUGUUAGAGUAUUGAAAGAUGGAGGUGAGGUCACCACUGAAUAUGGUUCUUUUAACUUGAUCAAAGAUUCUCAAUUCUUUGUCAGAAAAUCUGAUGUGGAAAGAUUAAUACAACAAGGAUAUUUAGAAGAGAUAAUAUAA